GUGGACGAUUUUUCCUGAUGGACAGUUGGCUGCGGGCAUAUGAAGCGCCUCCGUUAGAUCAGUCCCAGAAUCUGUAUAACAUGUCCGCGUGGCGUGAGAACGGUAUCACGACUUUGAGGUUCUUUAGGAAAAGGAUUACUGGAGACACUCGAGACUUCCAGUUCACAGACACGAACUGUCCGUAUCUGAUAUUCCCAGUGAUGGGCGGCGUGUUCAAUGCCGUGAAUAAAAGGAUACGAAAACACGAAACGACUCCAAUUAUAUCGGACAGAAAAGUUUGUAUCAGAAGUUGCAAGACAUCCGCUGCCACUCAGGCGCCCGUCAAUACCGUUGCCAAACAAAACACCGAACAGUCCGUCAAAACUAACGAUGAAAAUGUUCCUAAAGACAAAGACUCGUCAAUACCGCCGAUGUCGCCGACCACUCAAAAGCCUAUUGAGUCGAAAACUAGAGAGAAGGAAGACGUCAAUGACAUCUCGUAUACAAUUGAAUUAAAAUUUCCCGGAAUUUGGAGACAAAGUUUGAGUAACAAAUACUCUGAUAAUUAUAAGACAAUGGUCUCUAAUAUUAAGCAACAAAUGGAGAGUGAAUUGAUGAAAAAUUAUCCGACAUUUACUAAAUUAGAUGUUAAGGAACUGAUAGGUCAUGAGACAGAAUCCAAUGAUGCGAUCGCUUCCAUCAAUUUAGACGUUAAACAAAAUGAUAACCAAAACGAUAACAUUGAGACAUAUUCUCUGUUGUCUACGGUUUUAAGCGCUAUUAUAAGUGAUGAGAAGUUAGGAGAUAUACGAGUUGACCCGAAAUAUCUAAUUAUUGACAAAAAAGACGAAAGCAAUUCGCUGAGUAAAGAAUUUGGUACUCAUUUCUUCAAUGAAGAGCAGACCAAAUGGAUAAUCAUAUUUGUGGGAAUCGCAGCUCUAAUCGGAUUAGUACUAAUCCAGGCCUGUUGUAUGCUAUGGAGAGAUAGAAACGACAGAAAAAAUAAAGCAAAACAUGACAAGUCUGCACCCAAUUCUCAAUACAAGGACUACGCGGACGUGAGCGCCAGAAGUGGCUAUAGUUAUGAUAAUUACGGGGCGUCUGAUGAGACGGACACCCCAUUGAAUACAAACGGACAAAGUGUGGGAAGGAGUGAGAAAAUGAAUGGAAACAAACAGUAUUACAAAAAUAUGGGGCCCGAGAAGAUGAGCCAAAAGUACAUGAGUGCCACUCUAGAGAGACAGCCCUCUCGGUCACGGAUUCAUGAGCUGACCACCAGUGCUUACGCCACUCAUGACCGAAAAGAUGCCUACAAUCGGCACUUCGUUCAGCCCUCAUUCUCACCACAACUUCAACCGGACUUUUACUUUAUGCCCCAUCAGAGGAGGUAUUCCGGAGAAGUGGUCCGAGUGUUUGUCGACUAUAAUAAUCCUCAGUUCACACCCAAGUAGACCCAAAUUCAUUGGUUUAUUCAUUUCAUUAUUUAAUAUGACUUCAAAUACUCAUUUCGUUCAUUGGUUUCUCAGACUUUGGUUAUCAAGAG